UCUUCCUCGGGUGGCGGUGGCAGAGCGAGGUGACCAGCAGCCAUGACCACGGAGACGGGCCCCGGGUCGGAGGUGAGGAAUGCGCAGGAAGAGGCUCCGCAGCAGCAGCUGGAGGCGGCUGCCCACGGCCCCACCGCAGCCCCCAACCCCACCGGCCGGGACAGCGACGCCAACGAGAAGCCCGGGGCACAGUCCGAUGCCCGAAAUAUGGAGCCAGGCACAGACAUGGAGGACAAGGACUACAGUGAGACAGAUGGGCUCUCUGACAAAACAACCCCCAGCAAGACCCAGAAGUCACCCCAGAAAACCACCAAGAAAGUGAAGAGUGCCCUGUGCAGGGUGACCCUGCUUGAUGCCUCCGAGUAUGAGUGUGAGGUGGAGAAACACGCCCGAGGCCAGGUCCUCUUUGACAUGGUGUGCGAGCACCUCAACCUCCUGGAGAAGGACUACUUCGGUCUCACCUUCUGUGACUCAGACAGCCAGAAGAACUGGUUGGACCCCUCCAAGGAGAUCAAGAAGCAGAUCCGCAGUGGGCCCUGGAACUUUGCCUUCACUGUGAAGUUCUACCCUCCAGACCCUGCCCAGCUCACAGAGGACAUCACAAGAUACUACCUGUGCCUGCAGCUCCGUGCAGACAUCAUCACGGGGCGCCUGCCCUGCUCCUUCGUCACCCAUGCUCUGCUGGGCUCUUACGCUGUCCAGGCCGAGCUGGGCGACCACGACACCGAAGAGCACGUGGGCAACUAUGUCAGUGAGCUCCGCUUCGCCCCCAACCAGACACGGGAGCUGGAGGAACGCAUCAUGGAGCUGCACAAGACUUACCGCGGAAUGACCCCUGGGGAAGCAGAGGUCCACUUCCUGGAGAAUGCCAAGAAGCUCUCCAUGUACGGGGUGGACCUGCACCACGCCAAGGACUCAGAGGGCAUUGACAUCAUGCUGGGCGUCUGCGCCAACGGCCUCCUCAUCUACAGGGACCGGCUGCGCAUCAACCGCUUCGCCUGGCCCAAGAUCCUUAAAAUUUCCUACAAGAGGAGCAACUUCUACAUCAAGAUCCGCCCGGGUGAGUAUGAACAGUUUGAGAGCACCAUUGGCUUCAAGCUGCCCAACCACCGCUCAGCCAAGCGGCUCUGGAAGGUCUGCAUAGAGCAUCACACCUUCUUCAGGCUGGUGUCCCCAGAGCCACCCCCCAAGGGCUUCCUGGUGAUGGGCUCCAAGUUUCGGUACAGUGGGCGGACGCAGGCGCAGACGCGACAGGCCAGUGCCCUCAUCGACCGCCCAGCUCCGUUCUUCGAGCGCUCCUCCAGCAAACGGUACACCAUGUCUCGCAGCCUUGAUGGAGAGUUCUCACGUCCAGCCUCCGUCAGCGAGAACCAUGAUGCUGGGGCGGAGGGUGAGAAGCAGGAUGAGGACGGUGAGUUUGGCAGCAGGAGGCAGUCUGAAAUGGAGGAUGAGGAGGUGACCACCCCGACGAAAAUCAAGGAGCUGAAGUUUUUAGACAAGCCAGAGGAUGUUUUGCUGAAGCAUCAGGCCAGCAUUAAUGAGCUGAAGCGGACCCUGAAGGAGCCCAAUAGCAAGCUGGUUCACAGGGACCGGGACAGGAGGCUGCCUUCUUCACCAGCCUCUUCCUCACCCAAGCAUGAGGAUGAAACACCAAAGGGAACACCUGAAAAGGCCAGUGAGACGAUGGAAGAGGACACCCUAGACGAUUUUGCAUCAGAGCAUGGACCUUCCCUAAGCAUGGAGUUUUUCACACAGAAAAGCCUUGUCUCCUCUCCUGAGAGAGCGGGUGUGAGGGAGGGCACCGAGGAGAGACCUAAACCACCUCGGCACAGGGCCCCCGAGAGCGACACCGGCGACGAGGAGCCUGACCAGGAGAAGGACUCAGUCUUCCUGAAGGACAACCACCUGGCCAUUGAGCGCAAGUGCUCCAGCAUCACGGUCAGCUCAACCUCCAGCCUGGAAGCAGAGGUGGACUUCACUGUGAUCAGUGACUUCCAUGGCACAGCCUUUGAGGACAUCUCACGAAGCCUGCCCGAGCUGGACAAAGACAAGAGCGAAAUGGAAGACGAAGGCCUGGUUUCCUUCCAGCACACUGACAAAGUAGUUCCUGGACUGGAAGAGGAUGUCAAAGGCAGGGAGAAGGUCUCCCAGCCUAGCCCAGAUGUCUCCCAUCUAGAGCCAUCAGCCCCAAAAACAGAUGCUGUGAUGGUCAGCCUGGGGCUGGGUGUGAAGAAGCCUGAAGCAGAUGGCUCUACUCCCCACCGGGUUAGCACCACAGACACAGUCCAGGUGGACGGAGGCACCCCAGGCAGCAGGGACACCACUGCCACUGCCCAGGCUGGCACCACAGAGAUGGCGCUGGUGACCUCAAUCUCCGGCGGCUCCUCUGGGAAGGAGAUGCUCACCAGCAUAUUCAGUGCCACUGCAGAAACCCUCUCUACUUCCACCACCACCCAUGUAACCAAGACUGUGAAAGGGGGAUUUUCUGAGACCCGGAUAGAGAAGCGCAUCAUUAUCACAGGAGAUGAAGAUGUGGACCAGGACCAGGCACUGGCUUUAGCAAUCAAAGAGGCAAAACUCCAGCACCCUGACAUGCUGGUAACCAAAGCUGUGGUAUACAGAGAAACAGAUCCCUCUCCAGAGGAAAGGGACAAGAAACCUCAGGAAUCUUGACCAACAUGUUCCUUAAAGUCAACAUCUGUAUUCCAACCUGGAGAACAGGGGAGAAGGAGCCUUCAUGCUGGAUUUGUCAGCAAGACAUAGACAUCCUAGCUGCAAUGUUCAUGGCGAAGAGACAAAAAUUUUUAAAAAAGGAAUAGCAAAUAUAUUAUAUAUAUAUAUACAUACAUACAUAUAUAUAUAUAUAUAUAUAUAUAAAAACAGGAAACAAAAUGCAUCCUUGCACUGCUGCUAUAUGCUGGAAAUGAAUAGCAAAAAACACCACCAACAAACAAAGUCAACCCACUGCAGAUAAAUUGAAGAAUUUCGUGGAUUGGUGAUCAAAUAAGAUUUAAAAAGUAAUAAUAAUAACAAUAGUAUCGGUAACAAUACAGUAAGCAACCAUCUUGCAUGUUACAUUAAAGGACACACAAUCAUGAGUUCAUUUGUUGCACACUGAAUGGAAAGGAAAACUGCUUUGCAACAAAGCAAGAAGUAAGCAAACUGAAGUAAAAAAACACAAGCAGAAGCAAAACUAUUCCCCACCUCUGGAAAGAAGAGAGAAAAACUCUGAAUUUAUGACCAUAGAGUUAUUUUCCAAUUCACAAGUGUCGUUUUGCCCUUCUCCUCAUUCCAUGCUGGUUCUUCUGCAUUUUUUUGGGUUCUGUUAACUCUUCCCCUUCCCUUCCUUAUCUUCUCUGUGCACUUGUCCAACCUCUUGUUCUCUGAAGGUAUUUAGGAAUGGAUUUCAUUUCAAACAAAGAAAAUGAUAUGUAUAUGGUUUCUCAUCUCUAAAGAGCAACCUGUGGGGUUUCAUAUGGAUGUGCAUUUCAGUUAUGUAUAUUAUUAUAUAUAACAAAGGGGGAGGGAGGGAACAAUGCUGAAAUAAUUCAACAGUGCUGGUAAAUAUGAUGCCGACAUUUUUAAAUUAUUAACUCUUUGAUUGACUGUGGUUGGUGUAUUUUGAGACUCUUAGAUCACACAUGGGACUCUGAGUCCUGCAAGAAGAGAACUGAGAAGGUUUCAGCUGCUGCUAGUUGGGGGGGAAAUGAAAGGGCAAGGGACAGGAAUGUCCCUCCAGCUGAUCUGCAGUGUAUGGUGGUUAGAUUUGGAGGGGCAGCAGUGACUCGAAGGGGUAAGGAAGGGGGUUGAGGCUCCAGCUGUAACAGCUGUUGGCAGAACGGUCUCCUGGCCCCCAGCUGGAGCCAUGGGAUCAGCAGGACUGUGUUCAUUGCUCCCUUCCAGCCCUGCCAGUGGUGGGGGUGGUUUUGCUUUGUUUCUGGAUCCCAGUAAUGAAGUUACUUGAGCUUUGUAGUAGUGUCAAAGGCAGAGGGGCUGUUUCUGCCCUGUCUGCCCUGCUACCUGAGGUGUGAUGGCAAGGGCUGCCCGAGGCACUUGGGCUGGGGACAGCAAUGGCAGGGCCGUGGCAGUCCUCCCCUGACCUGCCUAGGAGUGGGCAGUGGAGGGACCGUACUGUGUCCAUCACUGCAGAGCGUCCGCAGCAUCCCAGGCUGGAUGGGGGAGCCCAGGCCCUCUGCAUAAGCAGAUGUGUGUUGAGGAGGUGUCAGUGGAGCUGCUCCCAGCUCAGCCCAGCUCGGCCUUCAGCCACAGGCUCCCCCCAUGGCUGCCUUUGGAAGGGGAUCAUGGACCAAGCCCAGGCCUCUGUACACUGUGAACCAGGCAGUUAAGGUAGACUCAAAACCAAAACCAGAAAGGAAAGGAAAUAAAUGGGUUUCCUUCUCGAAAUCGUCUCUAGCUCCUACAGAAACAGAAGGGCCCAUGAUUCUGCACCAUUUUGCCUUUAGUCUCCUACCCCUCACACAGACCAUGCCCAGAAAUAGGCAUGUUUUGUCAGGUCCUGCCACAGCUUGGAGGAUGCCAUGGACAGACCCUGCUCACCACCUCCACUGUCCCAGGUGGGAGCUGCUCCCUGGCAGUUGCACUGACCGGUUGCUCACCAGGACGUCCCUGUGAAGUCUGCUCUCCUGGCAGAGUGGUUUCUCCUGCAAGCAUGGAAGGCAUGACCACAAGCAGGUAGGGCUGCCAGCUCUUGAGGGUCUCCCCAGCUUCCAGCCAAGCACCUUCAGCUACUUUUAGAGAGCAGACCCCCCCAACCUAAAAAGAGUUAAAGCAGUUGCAUAGGCUACUUUUCUCUCUGUUGUUUUUCCAAUGCACCCAAGCCAGCCAUGACCACCAAUGGCACUGUCAGAGGGUAAGGGGGUGCUGGAGGGCUAGUGGUCUGCCCACUGUGCUGGUGUUCAGCAGCACACAGCAUCUUUCAGACAUGGAGGAGCCCACUCAGCUUGGACAGUGCCCUUGGACACCUCCACAACCCCCUCAGGGCCACUGGGACCCUCGAGACUUGCUUUUGGCGUUGUGCAGAGUCAGGAAACCGAAGGUUCCUGUGGAAGUGAGAGGCCUUACACAGUUAGACUUCAUGUGUGCUUGGACUGAAGUGAGUUCUGUUUGCAGUGAGCAAACCCAGCCCCUGGCUCCCAAAGCAUGUUUAUGGGUGGCAGUGUCUAAAACUUUUCUAAAAAAAAAGGAAAAAAAGGAAAGAAAAAAGCUCACUGCUUGUUCCCUGGGUGAGGUGUGGUUUUCUGAUGCUCAGCUCAAGCCCACCCAUCACUGCGCUCUGUUUUUAAUAGCUGGUCACUGCUUGUUUUCUUCCAGGGGCCUUUCUGUUGAAAGGGGUGGGAGACAUGAGUGCCUGUUUUUAUCCAAUCCCACAAAUUCAUUCUGAACGUGGCCUGCAAUUGCAUGAGUAAUAUAACAAUAACAAUAAUAAUAUUUAUUUUUAUUUGAGAAGCACCUUACCAACCAACUGCAAUGCUCUGUUGUUCCUUCACUAACUCUCCUUUUCUCUUCCCUUGUUCUCCCUCUCCCCCUUUGGUCAUACUCCUUUUCAGUGCUCAGUGGUGUAUGCGUGUGUGCUCACUGUUCUUGUAUUCAAUAAAAGUGAAAUAAAUGUGUUUGAUGCUAAAUCAA